AUGGACACACACACACCCUCGCCAUCGCCGUCGUCGUCUGCGGAGCACAAGGAGUACAGGACGGUGUGGUCGGCGCCGCCCAAGAAGCCGGCGGGACGGACCAAGUUCCGGGAGACGCGGCACACUGGGGCGGUGGGUGUGCGAGGUGCGCGUCCCCGUGGGGCGCGGGUCAAGGCUCUGGCUCGGCACCUUCGCGACGCCCGAGCUGGUGGCGCGCGCGCACGACGCCGCCGCCAUCGCGCUGUCACGCCGCGGCGCCUGCCUCAACUUCGCGAACUCAGCGUGGCUGCUCCCGCCGCUGAUGCCCGCCGCGCUGUCGGCGCCAGAGCUGGCCAGCGCGCGGGAGCUCAAGGACGCCGUGGCCGAGGCGUCGAGGCGUUCCGGCGGCGCUCGGUGGCCGAAUCGACGCUGUCGUUGCGGGCGAAGGAUACUGCCGACGACGAGCUGGAGGAGGACGAUGUUGAUUCCUCGCCUGGCGCGGUGCCUUCGAACGAGGCCGUGUUCGAGUUCGAGGACGUGUUCAGGUUCGGUGGCAUGUCUGAUGCCGGAUCGUACUACGCGAGCCUGGCGCAGGGGCUGCUCGUAGACCGGCCGGACGCCGCCGGCGCGUGGCGGGAGGACGUCGAGCAUGGCACCACUGACAUUGCACUGUGGAGCCACUAG